AUGGCUUACCGCGGGGGGCAUGACAACGACUACGAUGGCGGCCAUAAUAUGCAGGACCUUCCGCCUGGAUCUGGCAGAGGAUACCACUUGCCUCCUCAAGAUGAGGGAGUCGACGAAGCCGGCCAGUCCCUUCUGAGAGACCCUCACGCACCUGCUCCUUACGAGAGCCACCUGGGAACUGGCGAGUCCCCUGGCCGCCCAGUCUCCGCAUACAGCCUCACAGAAUCAUACGCUCCUGGUGCCGGUGCUCGGACACCAGUUCCUGGCGAGACGGCCUUCGCGUCUGGGUACAGCAAUGAGCUCGACUCGGAUGCUGGUGGUUUUGGCUACGGCAGACCCGCCUCCACCGUGGAUGCCGACGAGAGCUGGACCCGCAGACAGCAGCCUGGCAACCAAGGUGGCGGUCUGAAGCGUUACGCGACCCGUAAGAUCAAGCUUACUCAGGGUUCCGUCCUGAGCAUCGACUACCCAGUUCCCAGUGCCAUCAAGAACGCUGUCCAGCCCAAGUACCGCGAUGUCGAGGGCGGUAGCGAAGAGUUCAUGAAGAUGCGCUACACCGCCGCCACUUGCGACCCCAAUGACUUCACCCUCAAGAACGGUUACGAUUUGCGCCCGAGAAUGUAUAACCGACACACCGAGCUUCUCAUCGCAAUCACCUACUACAAUGAGGACAAGGUGCUCCUCUCCAGAACUCUCCACGGUGUCAUGCAGAACAUUCGGGAUAUCGUCAACCUGAAGAAGUCCACUUUUUGGAACAAGGGCGGCCCAGCUUGGCAAAAGAUUGUCGUAUGUCUGGUUUUCGACGGUAUCGAAAAGACCGACAAGGCCGUGUUGGACGUUCUCGCAACUGUCGGUAUUUACCAGGAUGGUGUGGUGAAGAAGGAUGUCGACGGAAAGGAGACUGUCGCUCACAUUUUCGAGUACACCUCCCAGCUGUCCGUCACACCCAACCAGCAGCUUAUUCGCCCCGUCGACGACGGCCCUUCCACCCUUCCCCCUGUGCAGUUCAUUUUCUGCCUGAAGCAGAAGAACAGCAAGAAGAUCAACUCUCACAGAUGGCUUUUCAACGCCUUUGGUCGCAUCUUGAACCCCGAGGUCUGCAUUCUCAUCGAUGCCGGUACCAAGCCCAGCCCCCGCUCAUUGCUCGCGCUUUGGGAGGGCUUCUACAACGACAAGGAUCUCGGUGGUGCUUGCGGUGAGAUUCACGCCAUGCUGGGCAAGGGCGGCAAGAAGCUGCUUAACCCCUUGGUUGCCGUCCAGAACUUCGAGUACAAGAUCUCCAAUAUUUUGGACAAGCCUCUUGAGAGUUCUUUCGGAUACGUCUCUGUGUUGCCCGGUGCGUUCUCCGCCUACCGCUUCCGUGCGAUUAUGGGUCGCCCGCUUGAGCAGUACUUCCACGGUGACCACACUCUCUCCAAGAUCCUUGGUAAGAAGGGUAUCGACGGAAUGAACAUUUUCAAGAAGAACAUGUUCUUGGCCGAGGAUCGUAUUCUUUGCUUCGAGCUGGUUGCCAAGGCCGGUCAGAAGUGGCACUUGUCGUACAUCAAGGCCGCCAAGGGUGAGACCGAUGUUCCGGAGGGUGCUGCUGAGUUCAUUUCUCAACGUCGUCGUUGGCUCAACGGUUCCUUCGCUGCCUCUCUAUACUCUCUCAUGCACUUUGGUCGCAUGUACAAGUCCGGCCACAACAUCAUCCGCAUGUUCUUCUUCCACGUUCAGCUCAUCUACAACAUCCUCCAGGUUAUGUUCACAUGGUUCAGUUUAGGUUCUUACUACCUGACUACAACGGUAAUCAUGGAUCUUGUCGGUACCGCAGUCACUUCCGAUGACCCCGAAGUGGCCCGCAGCGGAUGGCCCUUUGGAGACACCGCCACUCCUAUCGUCAACGCCCUUCUCAAAUACCUCUAUCUGGCCUUCGUUAUUCUGCAGUUCAUCUUGGCGCUGGGUAACAGACCCAAGGGUUCCAAGUAUACCUACAUUGCCUCUUUCAUCGUCUUCGGUCUCAUCCAAACCUACAUUCUCGUCCUGUCGAUGUACUUGGUCGUCCAGGCUUUCCAGAAACCCAUCGGCCAGCAAAUCAGCCUUGAUUCUGGCGAGGACUUUGUCGCCAGUUUCUUCGGAGGUACGAACGCCGCCGGUGUCAUUCUCGUCGCCUUGGUUACCAUCUACGGUCUUAAUUUUAUCGCUUCCUUCAUGUACCUCGACCCCUGGCACAUGUUCACCUCGUUCCCUCACUACCUGGUGCUCAUGUCGACCUACAUUAACAUUCUAAUGGUCUAUGCCUUCAACAACUGGCACGAUGUGUCCUGGGGUACAAAGGGCUCAGACAGUACCGAGGCUCUGCCUUCAGCACACGUCAGCAAGGGCGAGAAGGACGAGGCUGUGGUCGAAGAAAUUGACAAGCCGCAAGAGGAUAUCGACAGUCAAUUCGAAUCGACGGUCAAGCGUGCACUGGAGCCUUUCAAGGAAGCCCCAGAGAACGAGAAGCCAGACAUUGAAGACUCGUACAAGUCUUUCCGUACCGGUCUGGUCGUGUCUUGGCUCUUCUCCAACACCUUCCUUAUCAUUGUCAUUACGAGUGAUAACUUCGACUCGUUCGGCAUUGGCAAAACUUCAUCAGCACGCACUGCUUCUUAUUUCAGCUUCCUGCUGUACUCUACUGCUGUCCUAUCACUUGUCCGCUUCUUCGGAUUCCUGUGGUUCCUGGGCAGGACCGGUAUCAUGUGCUGCUUUGCCAGACGGUAA